AUGAACUUUGCAAAUGCUGAGCUCUUGAAGGUCAGGGAAAGGAAAAUGGCCCGCUUCUCCCCCAAAUUCAGCACUAAUGGGGAUGCACAGAAAAAACGCGGCGAAAAAGAGAACAAAGGCGAGGGAGCCCAGGCCCCGAAAAGGAGGAAAUUGGUCAAGACCUCCUCUGUCGCCGCAAAUCCUGCCGCCACUAGGCUCGAAGCUGCCGAUACCUCCACCCCCAACUCCCAAGCUCCCAUCGCCACCGCCACUAAGUCCAAAAAUGCCAACGCCGCCGCUACAGGCUCUAAGCCUUUAGCUGGUGAGACCACUUCCGCUGUCACCAAGCCCACGGCCACUGGCACUUCCACCUCCGCUGCCACCAAGUCCACAGCCGCUGGCGCUACCACCUCUGCUGCCACCAAGUCCACGGCCGCUGGCGCUACCACUGCCGCCGCUAAACUCGCUGCCGUCAACGCCGCGACCGCCGCCUUCAGAGCCGCAUCCACCACCCUUGCCUCCGCCACGGCCUCCGAAUCUGCAAUCAUUGGUGUUGCCACUUCUCAACAACAGCAGGAGUGGGAAAAAAGAAAAGAAAAAGAAGUCCCUAAGUCCCCUCCUCGCCAAAAUCCCGACGCCACUCGCCAGGUCACUCCUCCUGGACCGCCUCCAACGAACGCUGAACGUACUUCAACUCCUUCGCCUCGCCAAGAGGAAAGGCCACCCAUUCCUAAGGCCACCAUCACGCCGGCCCAGAUUGGCCAAGCAACUGGCGACAAAGAGGCCUCCUCCAGCCAUUCUCAAAUGCUGCGCGAUGCCAUUGAACCUUCUGAAUUCUUGCUCACUGGUAUCAACCGUGAGGUCAUAGAAAAGGAGGUUCUGAGUCGGGGUAUUAAUGAGACCAAAGAGGAAAGCCUUAGUUGUCUUCUGCGUGUCGGGUGUAUCUUUGCCCAUGCAUUUGACAGCUUCAGCGCCACUGCCGCCGCCACUGAAGAAUUGAGAGCUGAGAAUGCUAAGCUCGGUGAGGACGGUGCUGCCUGGAAGAAAAGCUUCGAAAAGAUUUUGGAUCACUCCGGGAAGGAAAAGAUCCGUACUGACAAGAUGAUUGGCGCGGCAGGGAACAAGAUUGGCGAGCUGGAAGACCACUUGAAGCUGAUGAAGGAAGAGGUUGAUGGUCUUGAUGCAAGUCUCCAGGCUUGCAAAAAAGAGAAGGAGCAAGUUGAAAAAGACUUGGUCUCCAAAGGUGAAGCUCUCGCCGCCAAGGAAUCUGACCUUAAAUCUUUGGUGGCUGAACUGAAGUCGGCCAAGAAGGCGCUGGCGGAGCAAGAGAAGAAGGUUGUUGAAGCUCAGGAGACGGCGAGGGCGGACCUUGAGGCGGUGAAAAAGGCUUCCGCCGAGGAGGUCAGGAAAAUGGCCGAGGCCCAUGGGGCGGCUCUCGCCGCCAAGGAGCUUGAGAUGACUCCCCUUCUUGCUAAACUCAAGGAACUGGAAUCUGAGUUGGCGGUGGAAGGCUGCUGA